AUGCAAUAUCCACACUUGCGUGGUUUACCUAUCGCGGGUUAUGACAAGGCGGAGCCAAAAAUAUUGAUAGGACUCGACAACCUAAGCUUAUGCGUACCGCUGAAAAUCCGAGAAGGGAAUAUCGACGAUCCCAUCGCCGCCAAAUGCCGAUUGGGAUGGACGAUCUACGGCUACGGGAUACGUACACCAAAGCAAACUGUGUCGGUCAAUUUCCAUGUACCAGCUGCUCGGGAUGUGGACCAUGAAUUGAAUCAACAAGUCAAUGAUUUCAUUUCACUGGAUCAAUCGGGAGCUACGCCAGCUUUCGCAAUACCCGAGUCUGAUGCCGACAAAAGAGCGAGGAAAAUACUAGAAGAAACAACUCGUAGAGUGUCCACCAGAUUUGAAACUGGGUUGUUAUGGAAAUCGGACAACAUCGAAUUUCCUGAUAGCUUUCCGAUGGCGGUCCGGCGGCUGGAGUUGCUGGAAAGGAAAUUAGACAAAGACCCAUCCCUUCGUUGUCGAGUGCACCAGAAAAUGGACGAAUAUUUAGCAAAAGGAUACUGUCAUCCGGCAACCUCUGAGGAGCUGAAAUUGUCGGACAACAAGCGAGUUUGGUACCUUCCUUUGUGCAUAGUCGUCAACCCAAAGAAGCCAAACAAAGUGCGAGUAGUCUGGGAUGCGGCAGCGAAAGUGAACGGCGUGUCGUUUAAUUCAGCUUUGCUCAAAGGUCCAGAUCUGUUGACAAACCUUGUUGCUGUUCUGUACCACUUCCGUGAGUACAGAAUCGCGGUGACCGGAGACAUAGAGGAAAUGUUUCUUCGGCUUCUAAUUCGACCUGAAGAUAGCCAAUCGCAGCGGUUUCUAUGGAGACAGAAUCCCGGAGACGCUCCUGCUGUAUACGUGAUCGAUGUUGCUACCUUUGGAUCGACUUGUUCCCCAAGCUCGGCUCAAUUUGUAAAAAACACCAAUGCGAGAGAAUAUUCGGAGGAGUUCCCUCGAGCAUCCACAGCAAUAAUCAAAUACCACUACGUGGAUGAUUACCUCGAUAGCUUUGAGACAAUAGAAGAAGCUAUCGAGGUAGUCAAACAGGUGAAGUCGAUCCACUCUAAAGGCGGCUUCAAUCUACGUAAUUUCUUGUCCAACUCCGGCGACGUACUCGCAGCGAUCAACGAAGCAAGCACCAAUGAUAAUGACGACACUAAACCACUGAAUCUAGUACGAGCUGAGAAAGUCGAAUCCGUAUUAGGGAUGAAGUGGAACCCGGCAGAAGAUGUGUUCGUCUACACGCUGUGUCUCCGAGAUGACCUGGCCAAUGCUGUGGAUUCCGCACACACCCCGACAAAGAGAGAAAUGCUCAAACUCGUUAUGAGUCUGUUUGAUCCUCUAGGGUUUGCUACCUUUUUCCUGAUUCACGGAAGAGUUUUGAUUCAGGAUGUUUGGGCUACCGGAGUCAAUUGGGACGAACCGGUGAAUAGUGAUUUAUCGGAAAGGUGGAGACAAUGGAUAAGCUAUCUGCCUUCAUUAAGCAAGUUGCAGAUACCUCGAUGCUAUUUUCGUGGGACAAUGAACGACGCCAAACAACUGCACAUCUUCGUCGACGCCAGUGAUGCAGCGUACGCAUGUGUGGCUUACCUGCGUGCCAACGGAACUGAGGGUGUAGAGGUGGCACUUGUGGGUGCUAAAAGUAAGGUAGCACCACUAAAAGUUCUUUCGGUCCCUCGGUUGGAACUAAUGGCUGCUCUAAUAGGUGCUCGGAUGGCAGACUCAGUAACCGCUUCUCAUUCUUUCAACAUAGCAGAGACCUACCUCUGGUCCGAUUCAUCGACGGCUCUCGCUUGGAUCAAAUCGGAUCACCGAAAGUACAAUAAGUUUGUGGGAGUUAGAGUUGGAGAAAUCCUUUCUUUGACUAAGAUGAACCAGUGGAGAUGGAUACCCACAAAACAAAACCCUGCAGAUGAUGCGACCAAGUGGGGAAAGGGUCCAAAUUUCGAUGUCAAUGGACGCUGGAUUUGUGGACCCGCCUUUCUCUAUCGGAGUGAAAUCGAGUGGCCACAAAACCCUAAAUUAGCUUCAACCGAGGAGGAAUCCGUCAGCAUUCACAACGUUCAUCAUGUUACUCCCACAUCGCCGAUUGAAUUUUGCCGUUUUCAUAAGUGGGAACGCUUGCUGAGAACGCAAGCAUAUGUAAUGAGGUUCGUCAACAACGUUAAAUGCCGUAAGAAUGGACAAGCCCUCGAUUCGGGAGCCUUAAAACAGGAGGAAUUGAGACUAGCAGAACAACAACUGUGGAAGUAUGCUCAAGCCGAAAUCUACGAACCGGAACGAAGAGUGCUGCGGGAAACACAAGGAAGUCCUACUUCACGCCACAAUCUAGUACAGAAGUCAAGCCCGAUAUACAAGUUGUGGCCAUAUAUCGACCUGGAAGGAGUCCUAAGGAUGCGAGGAAGAAUAGGAGCAGCGUGGUACGCGACAGACGAGGCCAAGUACCCGGUCAUACUUCCAAAAACACAUUCUGUUACAUUGCUUUUAAUCGAUUGGUAUCACCGGCGUUACCACCACGCUAAUAACGAAACCGUGAUCACGUUCUAUCUGGCCCACGUAGCACCCAUUUUCAUCCUAUCAAAAACAAAGCUAGUAAAGCACUAUUUGUUUUGUGUUUAA